GAGAGCGGUGGCGCUCUUCCCUCCCCCCCUUCCUCAGUCGGCUCCUCAGCUCGAAAACGCGAGCGCCAAAACUCCCCUGCGCCGCCAAACCGGCGGUUGGGGUUCCGCCCCCCCGCUUCCCCCGCCGCCCCGCGCCCACGCCGCCCACGGUAGCCCCGCCGUCGCCGUGCAGCUCCCCGACGACCCCCAGCCUCGCCGCCUGCCGUGCGCCCGUGCCGCAUCGGCGGACUCCCUGGUUUGGAACGAAUUGUUCCUUUUGUAGAGGUUGUAUUACAAGGACCAAAUGCCUCUCUUCAAGAGGACACCUUUCUUCUUACUGGACCCGCCAAAGGACUUGGAUCCUAAGGAGAAGGUGUUUCAAGUUCGAUUUACUAAGGAGAUAUUUCGGGAUUACCAGGAAUACCUGAAUAGAUUGAACCUUUACCGUAAAAGAGUUUGGACAUGUAAUGUGUCUGGGAAAUCUAAUUUAACCUAUGAGGAAGCUUUGGUCUCAGAGCAGCGUGCUGCAGAGAAGGCUCAACAGUUGCCAAGAGAGCUAAUGUCUCCUGUUCUCCAGAUGAUUCAAUACAGUACACUUAACUUAACCGACCUUGUCAACAAGAUAUAUGGCAGUCUGCAAGAGAAUCUGUUUGAAGGGUUAGAAUUACAUUCUACAAGAGAUGGUUCGGAGGCUGCUUGCAAGAUUCUGAAGGUUAUAGGUUCAGGUAACACCACAAGCUAUGAGGUGGGCUGGAUUGGUCAAGACAAUGCAAUUACCAGCACUUCAGUUCUCAGAGCUGACGAUCUAAUUCGCAAGAAAGCGCCCUGUGGUCGUAAUAUGCUCAAGAUUUUUAUCAGGGAAUCAACAUCACAAAACUUUCCGUGGAUUGUGCAUAUGUAUCUUGCAAAGAAAUAUGGCAUACCCACUGAGCCUCCAAAAGACAUGAUUAAUGGUGAAGGAUUGCCCAAAGCAAGGAAAAGACUAGCGAAUGGGACUGCAGAAGAUGCCAGCAAAAGGUCAAAGAAAGAUGAGGAACAAGUAGUGCCAGUUAAAUACCCAAUCGAUGAUCUUUUAGUAAAGCCGGUGGCAGAUGACCCUGUUUUGUCAAAGAGAUGCCCACCAUCCACAGAUUUCAAAGUGCCUGCAAGUUCUGUGGGAGAUCUCCUGAUGGUCUGGGAUUUCUGCAUGUCUUUUGGGAGGCUUUUAUGCUUGUCGCCAUUUUCCCUAUCAGAUCUGGAGAACGCAAUUUGCCACAAAGAAACCAAUCUUGUUCUUCUUGUGGAAAUACACACUGCACUUUUCAAUUUGCUUAUUAACGACGAGGGUGAAUAUUUUGAGUUUAUCCAGGACAGGAACAGAAAUUUAAAGGUAUCUUUAGUCACCUGGAAGGAGUAUCUAUGUGAUUUCAUGGAAAUGACAAGUAUCUCCAGUAACAUAUCAACAGUACGAAGGGGUCACUAUGGUCUUGUUCCCACUAGGCUGAAACUUGAAAUUCUACGGGAAAUGGUAGAUGAAGCCAUUGCAACUACUGCUGUAAGAGAGAAAUUAGACGAACGCUUUGAUCAGCAACAAGCACUUGCAGCAGAAAAGAGAGAGAUUGCUAGAAAGAAUAAGGAAGAGCAGAAGCUGAUCGUGGAAGUGGCAACAGAAAAGGAAAUGAAUCAGAAAAAUGCUGUACAGGACGGCAACGAGAAUGUUAAUGGCCAGCUUGUGGCAAAAGAAGGGAAGGAGAGGAAAAACGCUCCCCCCAGCAAAAUGGGAGAUGCGAAAUUGCAUCUGGGGAGGCAUCUUGAGAAAGAACUACUGGACCAAUCAGUACGAACUAGUCCUCUUGGAAAAGACAGAUUCUAUAACAGGUAUUGGUUUUUUAGGCGUGAAGGAAGGCUUUUUGUCGAGAAUGCAGAUUCCAAAGAGUGGGGGUACUAUAGCACCAAGGAAGAGCUUGAUGCGCUCAUUGGGUCUUUAAACAUUAAAGGGAUAAGGGAGAGAGCACUCAAAGAACAGCUUGACAAGUUCUACGACAAGAUAAGAAGUGCUGUGGAGAAGAGAUUGAAGGAGGUGACACAUCAGUUGUUAGUUGAAGAGGCUGUAUUGCGGCGUUCUUCUCGUGUACAUGCUCAUCCAAAGGACAGCCCCUCUACAUCAUUCCUUGAGUAUGUCAACACAUGGAAGCCUAUUACAAAGAGAAACAAAAGCAAAGAAGAUCGAGCUACUUAGUUGAUAGAUGGGGAGAUAGGCCACUUUUCCUAUGGCCUAUUUAUUGUCUCAACUCUGAACCGUAGUAGGGGUUCAUUUCGUGCGCCAAAUUUUCGGAAACUAAGGCAGUCGAACUGGAGCUGCAUGUAAUUUGACCCCGGAUAGGGUUGAUGUUUUCUUUCUGUAGUUGGUACUGAAGUGGAGAUGCUGAAAACCAAUCGUUAGCUAGGAAUCUGUUAUCUGUUGUGGAUUUGACAGUUUCUACGCCCUUUCACAAGUGCAAUUAUUAUUAGUACUCCAUGAUUUCCAUGGCUGAACUGGAGUUA